ACAACCAAAAUGGACUACUCUUAUUAUGCAAGUGAAAUUCGCACUUGAAAAGAAAAGUGCAGUAGUCGUGAGCUACUACUGUCCACGAUGCUGAUGAUAAAGCCCGCCGUAUUUCCAUCACCACCUCUCCUCCUAAACGUCACCAAGUCGUCUCCUCCCUUUCAAUUCCCCACUUCCAACGCCGCUACACUCUCCACGCAGUCCCUUAAGUUUCGGGUGUCCUCGUCUCCCAAUCCAACCGUCGAGGUUGCACCGUCGAAUAUCGACGCUGAAGAAGAACUCGAAUCCGGAGCGGACAUUGUGCGCAAGUUCUACGACGGAAUCAACCGCCAGGAUUUGACCUCCGUGGAGGAGCUCAUCGCCGAGAAAUGUGUAUACGAGGACCUCGUGUUUCCUCAGCCUUUCGUUGGUCGUAAGGAUAUACUUCAGUUCUUUAGAAAGUUCAAUGAUUCUGUUGGCAAAGACCUUCAGUUCGUUAUUGAUGAUUUAUCUACCAAUGAUUCUACAGCAGUUGGGGCCACAUGGCAUUUAGAGUGGAAUGGGAAGCCUUUCCCCUUUAGCAAAGGAUGUAGCUUCUAUCGGUUGGAGGUCAUAAAUGGCAAGAGACAGAUUAUCUAUGGUCGAGAUAGUGUUGAACCUGCAAUCAAGCCUGGGGACUCUGUGCUGGUAGCUAUCAGAGGUGUGGCUUGGCUACUUCGACAAUUCCCUCAGCUGGUGGACCGGUUCUAAAGUGGUUACAUACACAAAUCAUCGUCUCAGACCACAAAAAAUAGUCAUAGUAAAUAUUUAUCAAUUACAGUGAACUUGUAGAAGCAAGUAAAUUUGUAUAUGCAUUACUGUGAUUAUACAUGUAUAGUUGAUCAUACUUGUCUACAUAAACAAAAACAAGGUUAUGUCAUUUGGCUGCAAUCAGGUGGAUCAUGUUGUUAUGG